AUGGCGGGCUCUCCAUCCAAGAAUAUAAUAAGGGCCACUUUGAACAAAACCGACAAUGAAACUUCUCAAAGAAGAGCAUCAGCACCAGUACAAAAAUCUGCCAAACUGGCAGUCACUGAAAGAUAUAUUUGUCCUCAUCCAGAUUGUAACAAAUCAUUUACUAGACAAGAACAUUUAUCAAGGCAUAAAUUGAAUCAUUGGCCCAAAGAAAUUUUCGUAUGUCCCUUUAUAUUCCCAAAUACAAAUAUUACUUGUAAUAAGACUUUUGUAAGAAAGGAUUUACUCAUUAGACAUCAGAAGAGACAUACCAAGAGUAAAAACAGACUGCAUGGCAAAAAUUCACAGGGGGAAAGAGAAUCCAAAUUUAAACCCAGUAUAUCCAUAGCGACAAAUAAUCAGACAGAAAAGAAUAAAGGUGCACUAGCACAACAAUUACAAUUGAAUGAUACUAUGCUGGAAAAUAUGAGUACAGGAUCUUCUGUAUCAUCUAUUGCACCUUCCACGGAAACAACUACUGCAAUGGCAACUCCAAUGUCUAGAGCACUUUCCACCUCGGUGUCAGUGUCACCCACUUUCCCCACACAAAUACAUCCUGUUUCAUCGAUAAGUUCCAUAAGAACAGAAUUCCGUGAUUCCAGUAGAUCACAAAAACAACCAUCGAGGUCACAAUCUUCAUUCUCGAACCAUAAUAAUAAUAACAAUACUUGUCAACAACGAGAUAUAAGAGAUUUAUCUGCAAUUAACCCAACUUCGAGUAUACCGCCUUCUAAUAAUAAUAGUUUCAAACUAAAUUCCAAUAUACCGCCAACUAAUAACAAUACUAAUAACAACCCUCAAUUCGUCAGCUGGUUCCUGGAGUCAGGGGAAAACAAUAACAAUGUAAAAAAUAAUAAUAAUAUCCAUAAUGAAACAAUGUCUAAUAACACUACUACUACUAAUAAUAAUAAUAAUACUAAUAACAAGGGAGCACCAUCCACCAACUCUUAUAAUAUUCCAAAUGCGAUGUCAAAUGCCAUCUCAAUGGAACAAAAUCCAGGUAUAUGGUCAGAGCAACAAGGUUCUAUAAAUCCUGAUCCAAUAACAAUACCAUCGACAACAUCUUCCACAUCAAAUUUACUAAAAAUGCAAGAUUUAUUUUCUGUGGAUUUCCUGAAUAAUGACCCUUUACAAAGCUUUUUGCAAGAACUUUCAGCUCCUUUACCAACAAAUGCAACAAAGGAUUUUAAUAAUCUACUGGACACAAAUAACACACCUCUUCUAACAGAUCAACAACAGCAACAACACACAUCACAGCAGCAACAGCAACAGCAACAGCAACAAAAUAUUUCUGCAAAUGGAAUAACGCCCCCACCCACAUCUUCGGGCGUAUCAAACUCAAAGGCACACCCAUACCCUUCAAUAACAACUCAGGUAAGUGAUAGACCAAACGUAUUAUCAAGCUUUGCCAGUGAAAAGACUUCGGCCACAAUGGCAAAAGAUAGAUCGAUAAAUCAAUUAUCCCCUGUUAAAGAAGUUAAACUACCUUCGUUUGCCUUGCAAGCUCCCAAUACGGAUAAACAAUCAUCAAAUUCGCCUACUUUACCAGCAAUUUCUCCAAGCACCAUUAAAAACAUUGAAUCACAUCUGUACAAGCAAAAAUUGAAAAGUUCUAUGAAAUCAAUACCAUCGUUUUUCUAUCCUGAUCCAACCACAAAAUAUAAUAUUUCCUUGGAAAAAUGUAAUGAAUUAUUUUCAUUGGUACCAGAAUUAAGAUAUGUGCCAAAGAAAUCUAUCGUAGACUCCAUCAAAUCAUUCUGGUUGAAUUUUCACCCGCAAUAUGGUCUAUUACAUAAACCAUCAUUCCAUGUAAAUAAACAACCACCAAUAUUACUACUGUCUUUGAUAAUGACAGGUGCCAGCUACCUAGGCGGUAAUUACAAAGAAACGAUAAGUGACCCCAUUUGUGGACCUUUACGUUGGAUUAUCUUCUCACAUCCAGAUUUCCAACCUCCUUCACAAACAUAUAUUAUCCAAAGUUUACUAUUACUAGAGGGAUAUGAAAAGACAAGCACAAAUCGGUACUUACAUGAAAGAUCAUAUCUACAUCAUGGUACCACAAUUCAAUUACUACGCAGAACUCCGUCCUUGGGAGGACAUCCAUUAUUUCGAAAAGAUGAAUCUAAAUCCAUAUCAAUAAAUAAUUUAACCAAUUUGGAAGACGUUUAUAAAGAAUGGAUUAAUUUUGAAACAUUAAAAAGAGUCGCAUUUUAUGCAUUUUUCAUGGAUACAACACACGCAGUCGUAUUUGGAUAUUUAAAUUUAUUCAUCACUUUUAAUCAAAUUCAAUUGACUUUACCUUAUCCGGAUAAAAUUUGGGAAAGUUAUGAUUUAAGUUAUGAAAAAUUGGUUGAAUUCGGGUUGGAUCGUGGUUCCACAGGCAAUGAUUCAUUUUCUAAUGUGUUAAAGGGCGUAUUGAAUAGGGCAAUAACUAAAUUACAAAAUCAUAUUCAGAAAAAUGCUUCGUAUGAUGAAACUGAUGAUUUAUUAUUAAAUGCCAAUAUUCAAAGCGUGUUUAGUAAGCGAAUUAUACUAGCUGGGAUUAUUUCUAUUAUGUUACAAUUGAAAGAAGAGGAAAAAGAGGAUACUUUUACCAGUUGCAAUUACCUUGCAGGAUUGAAAAUACCAUCACCUCCAGGUUUGGAAAAUAGAGGAAUAUCAUGGAAGGAAAUAAUUUCGUUUACCUUAGAUUAUUGGCUCAUUAAUAUUCAAGGUGAUUGUACUGAAUUGGCUCAAAAUUUUACCCUUAACGUGAAUGGCACAGACGAUUCUGAAGAUAAUAUGGAUGAUAAUAGUGGCGAUGAAGACGAUAGAUCAAGCUCUCCUUUGAAUUUAAUACUGGCUGAUACUAAUUCAACGUGUAAACUACCUGUCUACCAUAUGUCUCAAGUAUUCCUCAGGAUUUUCCAUCAUGAUUACUAUAUUUAUGCUGGUGCCCCAUGGAGAAUGAACGUUAGAAUUGGUGAAGAUGAGUACCAAUUGAUAUCCACUAGAAUACUUAAUUUUGCUAAGGAUCCAUCGAACGGUGGCGUCGCCAUAGUUUAUGCAUUCCAAUUCUUAUUCCAGAUGUUUAUAGAUAAAGCUAAUCCGGACAGAAUUAUUACAAAAUAUGACGUUAAUUCAGAAUACUGCAUUACAAGACCAAAUACAAUGGCAUUAACCUCAUUAUUAAUAUGGUGCCAUAAUUUUGUAUUGUAUGGACCCGAAUGUAACAUGUGGGAUAAUAGUCACGCAAAGGAUCAAGAAGAUCAAUUAACUACCGCUGCUGAUAACAAUAUAAAGAAGGAAGCUUAUAGGCCCAUUGAAACGUUUGAAGAAUAUUUGACAAGAAUGUAUCGCUAUCUCUACGUUUCUACAAAGCAAGAUGUUAUUGAUUACCAGAAAGAAAUUUGGAACAAGGCUCAAAGUUUGUCGACCCUUGAAGGUAAUAAUAACCUUUGUGGUAUGAUGUUUUUCAUGAGAGAGUUGUUUGCUGAUAGUUACUGGGAUUUGGGUAAAGAAUUCAGUAGAUUAUUUGAUAAUUGUUUUGAAAGAAGUUUAGGUAGAGUUUCACCCACAUGUUACAAUAUGUACGAUGCAGAAUUAUAG